CGUACAAAAGCUUUAAAUAUCGAUUAAAAUGAGACUGGCCAUAUAUGGCUGUGUAUCCUCUAUACUGGCUAUAGGUGUGGUACUAUCAGCAAUGCAUCAACGUUCUAACUUUUAUGCUGCAUGUAUUUAUCUUUCGAAAUCAAGCGCCUGUAUGAUGAUUCUUUUAAAUAUGGGCUUAAUUGUCUCUCUCUUGUUUGGUAAAGGCCUACAAACUAUUUUCUUUGGAAGAUUAAGAGCAAUUGAAGUUGAGCAUUUAUAUGAAAGGUCGUGGUACGCAGUAACAGAAACAUGUCUUGCCAUGACCAUCUUUCGAGAAGAAUUCGAUUUGCAAUUCAUUGUUGUGUUCACUACUUUAUUAUUCUUAAAAAUAUUUCAUUGGUUAUGCCAAGAUCGCGUUGAAUAUAUGGAACAAUCGCCAACGAAUCGUGUUACAUUCCAUCUUCGUAUUGUGAAUCUCCUGGCAAUACUUUUGAUAAUUGAUUCCGUGUUGGCUAACCAUGCUAUCAAUGUGACACUUACAAAAGGUCCUAAUAUGAUGAUUAUGUUUGGGUUUGAAUACACUGUACUUAUCUGCACAAUACUAUCAAUUAUUGGAAAAUAUGUGUUGAAUGUGAUUGAUUUACGAAGCGAACAAACUUGGGAAGGAAAAUCAAUGUUUGUGUUUUACUUGGAUCUUGUUACGGAUUUUUUCAAGCUUGUCACCUAUUUAGUUUUCUUUUUAUACAUUUGCUUCAAUUAUCAACUCCCCCUCCAUAUAGUCAGAGAUGUAUACGUGACUUUCCGAUCAUUCGUACAAAAGUGCAGAGAUCUUUAUCGUUAUAGACGUGCUACACGCAAUAUGAACGAACUUUACCCCAAUGCAACAGCUGAAGACUUGACUCGCUCUAGUGAUAGUACGUGUAUUAUUUGUAGAGAGGAAAUGCAGAUUGUUGAUACCACAUUGGAUGAGGAUAACCCAGAGGCUGCAGCGUACAGAGGUGAUACGGAUCAAAAUUUGGAUCAGCCCAAAAAACUUCCUUGUGGACAUAUCUUUCAUUUUCAUUGCCUGCGUAGCUGGCUGGAGAGACAACAAACCUGCCCUACGUGUCGCCGAUCUGUAUUGGUAGAGAACAAUACUCCCACACCAGCACCGGUAGUAAAUGAACCACAACCCUUUGGGCAACAACCACAACCCUUUGGGCAACAACCACAACCUUUUGGACAGCAGCCACAACCUUUUGGACAGCAACCACAACCUUUUGGACAACAACCAAAUCCUCAGCAUCAACAACAGGGACAAGAGCAUGCCCAAUACCAGCACACACCCCAUUUCCAACAACAUCCUCAAUACCAGCAACAACCACAGCCACAUCAAGCACAUCCACAUCUUUUUGAGCAGCAUCCUGUAUUUAAUCAACAGCAGCAAGGAGGAGGAUUUACAAAUCAUUUAGGUUCAUCAUUUAAUGUACUCACACCCUCUACGCAACCGAGCCCCAUACCUGGCCUUAUUCCAUUAGUACCUAUGGGUGCAUUUCAUCAAGAUGGGGACUUACCUAUUCCAUUACCUGCUAAUUUAUCAGACGCAGAAUUGAGCACAUUAUCUACUGUUACGAGAGAGGCCAUGGAACAACGAUUGAAAGUGCUGGAGACAGUGCAGAACCAAAUUUUACAGUCAAUGCAAACGCUUACACAAGUUCUGAGUGUGAUUCCUGUGCCACAGACUGAUGGUGUGCCACAGGCUGAGACGCCAGCCGAAACACAAGCUAAAGCACAAGGUGAAUCAUCUUCUCUUACGCCGAAAACUACAACUUCUACCGCAGCAUCAUUAAUUGAAUUAAGCGAUCCUGAAGAAGAAAUGAGUAGUAGACGUAGGGAGAAGAUGCCAUCUUCAGACAACGCAACAAAUAUUUAGUGUAUUUAAUCCACCCAUUCCCCCCCCCACACACACACACACACAUAUUUUGCACUUUUUAUUAAUAAAUUGGACAUUGUGUUAACUGU